AUGAAACAUUUUCUCGAAGUAUAUAAUUCCUCAACACAUUCUACAACAGGACAUACACCAAAUUCAAUGACACAACAACAAGAAGAAAAGUAUAUACAAAAGAAACGAAGUCAAACACAAAAUAUCAGAAAUUCAACACAAUUUACCCUCAUUCCUGGUACAAAAGUUCGUGUAGUUCUUGACGACAAACCGUUGACAAAGAAACGUUUAAGGUUAAGUCGAAACUAUUAUAUCGUAGACUCUACGCAAGGUAAUGGAUAUCUUAUAAAAGCUGCCGACGACUCUAUUGCGUUUUAUCCUCGUCAUAAAUUAGUUGAAAGUAGUAAUGGCAAACUUGCUGAAACCAUUGACGAAGCAAAGCGAGGAGUGGUUAUUGAAAUACUUGGCUACAACAUAAACGAUGACACUUAUAAAGUAAGAUAUGAAGGAGGCGUUGAAGAUGUUAUACCAUCUAAGAACUUGAGAGAGUCGAAGCCAACACAUCUGGGACCAUUAGAGCGGGAGUACUGGAAAGACAAAAAUAUGCCAGAAAGAAUAAGAAAAUUCUUCUAA